AUGAAUGCACCUGGAAAUAAUCAAAUGAUUGCCCCAAAAAUUCAAAAGCAAUUGGUGAAUGCUUGUGCAGUUGAGACCACAAAUGCUAUUCUAGCUGAUCUUGGAGAUAGAUGGUUCACUUUACUACUUGAUGAGGCUCGUGACUGUUCAGUGAAAGAGCAAAUGGCAGUUGUUAUUAGAUAUGUGAACAAGCAUGGAGAGGUGAUUGAACGAUUUAUGGAUGUAGUUCAUGUUGCAACAACUACAGCUGCUUGUUUGAAGGAGGCAAUCGACUCUUUAUUUGCUAAGUAUGGUUUAUCAGUGGCGAGAUUGAGGGGUCAAGGAUAUGAUGGUGCUUCAAAUAUGUCUGGAGAAUUUAAUGGCUUAAAGUCACUGAUAAUGAAAGAAAAUCCGUAUGCAUUAUAUGUUCAUUGUUUUGCUCAUCAACUCCAGCUAUUGGUUGUAGCCGUUGCUCAAGCAAAUCAAUAUGUUUGUGAUUUCAUGUGGAUUGUUGGUUCGAUUGUGAACACAUCUGCAUCAUCUUGCAAAAGGGCCGACAAACUUCGACAACUUGAACAUGAUAGAAAAGUUAAACUUCUUGAAAGAGGAGAGAUUAGUUCUGGUAGAGGACUAAACCAAGAAACUAGUCUAGCUAGACCUGGAGAUACACGAUGGGGGUCUCAUCAUUCAACUUUAUGUCGUAUUGAACAAAUGUGGCCAUCUGUUAUAGAGGUUCUUCAAAAUUUGAUUGAUGAUGGUGAUCGUUCUUCUAAGGGUUUAAGUAGAACUUUGGUUGAAAGAAUGGAGAGGUAUGAAUUUGUGUUUAUUCUACUAUUGAUGAAACGUAUAUUGGCAAUCACAAAUCAUUUGUCAACCGUUCUACAAGAGAAAGAUCAAAAUAUUGUGAAUGCGAUGCGUUUGAUCAAUAAUGUGAAAUGCAAAUUGCAAAAGUUGAGAGAUUCUGGAUGGGAUAUUUUACUUGAGGAUGUUAUCGAUAUUAUUCUACAGGAGAUGGAUAGUCGUUUCUCUGAAACAACUACAGAUUUGUUGAUUUAUAUGUCAUGUCUUGAUCCUAGAAACUCGUUCUCUAGAUUUGAUGUACAGAAGUUAGUGCGCCUGGCUCAUUUUUAUGAGGAUGAUUUUUCUUGGAAUGAGCGUAUGUUGGUUGAACAAGAGCUUGAAACAUAUAUUGAUGACGUCAGAUCAGAUGAACGGUUUGAAGGCAUUUCAGAUUUGGGAGCUCUUGCAAAGAAAAUGAUUGAAACAAUGAAGAACCGUGUGUUUCCUUUGGUUUAUCGGAUGAUUGAGCUAGCCUUACUUCUUCCAGUUGCUACUGCAACUGUUGAAAGAGUGUUUUCGGCAAUGAAUAUUGUCAAAACAGAUUUGCGAAAUAGGAUUGGAGAUGAAUGGAUGAAUGAUAGUUUGGUAGUAUAUAUCGAGAAAGAUGUUUUUAAUACUGUCGACAAUGAGCCAAUUUUACAGCGUUUUCAGAACAUGAAGUCUCGAAGAAUGCAAUUGUCACGUAUUCGUUAG